GAAGCUACUACACCAGCAUAUGUCAAAUUUAGGUUUGAAACAAAUAGGUGGUGUGUCAUUGAGCAGAACUUACUUCCGGUAGAAGAAAAAAUUUGACAAAGUUUGUUUUUCAGUAAAGAACAUUGUGUGAUGGCGCUGCUGCAGUAUGCCCCAUUCAGCAGUGCAUUAGAUGCAGGCUUUUGGCACACACUCUCCCAGAAUAAGCUAAAUGUAUAUGGCUUAGAUGACACAGAAGUUCCUUUACAUGGUUUCUAUUAUAAUGGCAAUGCAGAUGGGAUACCAUGUAGUCUGAAUCUUGACUACAAUGCCUUUAAUGAACAAGCAACCAUACCUCCCAAGAAUUUCCCAGCACAUGGAUCUCUUUUUAACACUAACACUAUUGAUGCAUUCAGAGACUCGGACAAGAAAAAACUUCUUGAAACUGCUGGUAAUAAAAUUUGGGCUGAUAUCAUAUCAGGCAAAGCAUUAGAUGAUCCUUCCCUCCUAACAAGGUUUCAUUUGCUCACAUUCGCAGAUUUAAAGAAAUACCAUUUCUAUUAUUGGUUUGCAUUCCCCGCAUUGAGCCAUGAUGUCACAAUGGUAAAAGAACCCGUCACAAUUGAUGAACGAUUCACAGAACAACAAAUAGCCAGCUUCCAGAGUUCACUGGACACAUAUUCUCAGACUACUUCCCCAAACUUCUUUAUUGCCACAGAACAAGGAAACACGUUAGAAGUGCACACAUUAGCAUCAAUCAAAGAAUUAGCUUCUAAACAAAAGGUGAUAUUAUGUUUUGCGGAUCCAUGUACAUUGAAGUCUCACCCUGGUUGGCCCUUGAGAAACCUUCUUGCUCUUAUAGCAACACUAGGGCUUGAUACCCUAACAGAGCUGGAUGUGAUGAGUUACAGGGACAAAGUUAAAGAUGGGAAAAGAUCUAUUUCACAUAGUAUCAUCUUUACUGUUAAUAUACCUCACCUGGAUAGCAGUGCAGUUUGCCCUAAAUGUGUUGGAUGGGAGAAAAAUGAGAGACAGAAACUUGGACCUAGAAUAGUAAAUCUCAGUUCUUCUAUGGAUGCAACAAGAUUGGCUGAGUCAUCAGUUGAUUUGAACUUAAAGCUUAUGCGGUGGCGUCUCUUACCAGACCUAGACCUUGAUAAAGUGGCAAAAACAAAAUGUCUACUACUCGGUUCUGGAACUCUAGGGUGCAACAUUGCUAGGGGAUUAAUGGGAUGGGGAGUUCGCAACAUUACACUGGUGGACUAUGGCAAGAUAUCUUACUCUAAUCCAGUCAGGCAAUCUUUAUUUGAAUUUGGUGAUAGCUUACAAGGUGGGAAACCUAAAGCUGAGACUGCUGCUGAAGCAAUGAAGAGAAUAUUCCCUGGUGUUAAUGCUCAAGGUGUGAGUCUUUCUAUUCCAAUGCCUGGACACUCUGUAGCCAAAAAUGACAUGGAGGCUGUUCGGAAAGACGUUGAAACUUUAGAUGCCCUAAUUGACCAACAUGAUGUAGUUUUUCUCCUAAUGGAUACUAGAGAAAGCAGAUGGUUACCAACAUUAUUAGGAGCUUGUAAGAGAAAGAUAGUAAUAAAUGCUGCUUUAGGAUUCGACACAUUCCUAGUUUUACGUCACGGCUUGAAACCUCCGCCAAACGAAAUGGAAAGUGAAAGUGAGGCCAGUGCAAUACCCAUGACGUCAAACAUUCCCGGAAGUCAACUUGGUUGUUAUUUUUGUAAUGAUGUUGUUGCCCCAGGUAAUUCUACUAAAGACAGGACCUUAGAUCAACAGUGUACAGUAUCUAGACCUGGAAUGUCCAUGUUAACCAGUGCUUUGGCUGUGGAACUACUAAUAUCAAUACUUCAACACCCUGAUGGGGGUAAUGCUCCAUCGGAUACCAGUGCAAAAGAUGAACAUUUGACACAAGACCAUGCAUCACCCUUAGGGAUCAUACCUCAUCAGAUACGAGGAUUCCUUUCAAGAUUCCAUACUGUAUUGGCAGCGUGUAGAGCAUUCUCUCAGUGUACUGCAUGUUCACCUAAGGUGAUGGAGAUGUACGAAAAAGAAGGGUUCAAUUUUCUGUUGAAUGCUUUUAAUGAGACGGGAUAUCUUGAAGAAAUAACUGGACUGAAGGAGCUUCAUGAUGAAACAAUACUCGAUGAGGUUUGGGAAAUGAGUGACGAUGAGAGCAUUAGCAGUAUAUAGGAUAAUGAUGCAGUAUAUAGACAGCCAAGGAGUCACAUGAUUUAUGCAAUGACCAAUGAGGAACUUCAGUGUCAUUAAGGAAUUGUGAUGUCACUUACCAUAGCAACCAUAACAGUGCUUCUUAAAAAUAUUUGCAAACUUUUCAUUUUAUAGGUGCAAAGUAACAAAAAUGCUAGAACCUUAGUUUUUGGGCACUCUGUAAUUAUAAUUAUUUUGACUGAUUUGCCAAAGAAUGUUUAUUUAUACUGUUAUAAGAGAAUGCAGAACUGAUGAUUUUGAACUGAUGAAACUAUUGGUCAGGUUUUCUUGAUUAUUUAAUACUUCAGUACCUCAAAUAAUGACAUUUAUUCACCAAACCCCUUGAUAUGAAAAUAGGUGUGAUAUCUAGAUAUUUGUGAUAUUGUGAUAUUUAGAUUGAAGAGCGAUGUAAAGAGCGACCAAGUGAUGUAUGGAUACAAAAACAACUGCUGCACUUUAUGCCAUUUGUAAUUCCUAUCGUCAAAUGAACUUCAAUCAUAUGAGAAGUAUCUUAAUGUUGUUGUUGAAUUAAACGAUGUUAAAUUAACUUAGUUAGGCUGAAUCACUUGAAAAAACCUCCCAAUAAUUCUUUUUAUGAUAGAAUCACCAAAAUUGGUACAAGUGUAGCUGAUUGUAAUUGAAAAAAAUGGCUUGAGGCAGCAAGUGAUCAGGAGCCUCGUUUUGGAAAAAAUUCAAAAUGGCUGCCAGCCUAUUUGUGAUUUUGCCGAUUUCUAUUAAAAUCUCAAGAUCCUCUAACAUAAACAUAUUAAUGAAAACUGCAUAGAAACCUCAAGAAGUGGCUUUGAAAUUAAUCUUUAUUGAUGAUGAACUGAUAUUUAACUUGAGUUUCAAAUUUAAAACGGCGUAAAACAAGGUUCAGUAUUAUGACCUGUACAAUUAAGUUCAUAAAUGACAUAUAUUCAUCAAAAAUUGUUAACCACAUACUGAGUACUUACAUAAUAUUGGAUAACAAGAGAAUAUAUUCAGCCACAUAUCCAAAAUAAGGGGGUUAUUAUCCCAACGAACGAAGUUCGGUAGGGAUAUAGUGAAGCCCUCCGUCCGUCAGUCAGUCUGUCCGUCCGUCCGUCCGGAAGAUAACUCAAAUACGGGUUGACGGAUUUUCUUCAUAUUUAGUGGAAAGAUGUAUAUUGGUGAAUAGUUG